AUGGUGUCUACCAAACAGCCUAAUUUGUGGGCAGCCGAGUGGAGUUCAUUUGUAGCUGCCACUGUCUUCAUUAUCCUCCGACUCGUGAGUAGAAGACUUACAAGGGUGGGGCUUUGGUGGGAUGAUUACUUUGCUAUUGGCUGUUACUUCUCUGCCAUCGCAUGGGCUGUUAUAUUAAUGCUCUUUGAACAUACGUAUACUUUCAACAUCAGUUUUGCCAAGGCUUCGCUGUUGUUCUUUUACUGGCGCAUGUUUCGUGUUGCAAACAUCAAGAUUGCCGUGUACACCUUGCUCACUCUUACCGCAUUAUGGGCCAUCUCUCGAUUCGUAUUUAACGAUAUCCAAUGCAUACCCACCCAAGCCUUCUGGGAGCUCAGCAUGAGACCAAAUGCUACUUGUUUUGUUCAAACCAACAAGUAUAUCUUUGGUAGCGUCCUUUCUCAUAUCAUCUUGGAUCUUUUGAUUAUAAUUCUACCCAUAUUGCAAAUCAAGAAGCUUCAGUUACCUUGGUUGCAAAAGUUUGGAAUCCUUUUAAUGUUUGCAGUUGGUACUUUGGUGUGUAUAAUUGGAUUGGUCGUUAGCACUAUUGGUCUACACAUAGAUCCAAAGUCACAAGAUCUGUCAUGGGCUAUAGCUGAUACCAUUACCUGGGCAACAGUAGAGAUUAAUCUACUCACUCUGUCUACAUGCCUACCAACUAUUCGACCUGCUUGCCUCUACUUUGGAUCACGCCUGGGCAUCAACACGGCACAGUCCCUCACUGCCAAUAGCUUUGGUCAAAGUCACUCACGACCAAUUCCCAACAAGUCGAUUCGUCUCUCCGCAAUGCCCAAGGAUGAGACCAGUUCUACGUCUGAGCUUGCUAUUCUCACAAAGCAGCAGAUAUAA